AUGGACGGCGGCAUGAACUACGAUUCGAUGAUGCUGGAUGGGGACUCUGAUCAGGCCCACGUAACAAUUCUGGCGGCCGAUAGCACAAAGGUCGACUUUGAACUGUCCCAAACGAACCUCCCAUUCGCCAAUGCUCUGCGGCGCGUCAUCCAGGCUGAGGUGCCCACCGUGGCGGUUGACCUGGUCGAGAUCGAGAUCAACACAUCGGUGCUGGCCGACGAGUUCAUCGCCCACCGGCUGGGUCUGAUCCCGCUCGACUCCAAGGACGUCGACGAGCUCAACUACUCGCGCGACUGCGACUGCGAGCAGUACUGCGAGCAAUGCAGCGUCACGCUGACCCUGCACGCCAAGUGCACAUCCGACGAGAACAUGAAGGUCUACGCCCGCGACCUCAUCGUGGACGGCCGCCACACGACCUCGGUCGGAACCCCCAUCAUCACGGACCCCGAUGGCCUCGGCUGUCUGCUCGCCAAGCUGCGGAGGGACCAGGAGCUGCGGCUGACCUGCAUCGCAAAGAAGGGUAUUGCCAAGGAGCACGCCAAAUGGAUGCCCACGUCAGCCGUUGGCUUUGAAUAUGACCCCCAUAACAAGCUGCACCACCUCGACAUGUGGUUCGAGAACGAUACCGAUCCCGAGGUUGAAUGGCCGAAGAGCAAGUACGCUGGGUGGGAACAGGCGCCAAAGGGCGAACCCUUUGAUUACGACGCCAAGCCCGAUCGCUUCUACUUUGAAGUCGAGACCUCUGGAAGCAUGGAGCCUGACCAAAUCGUGCAGAGCGGCAUUCGCGUGCUGCAACAGAAGAUUGGCGGGCUGCUGAAGGGUCUCGACCCGCGCAAGUAUGGCGGUGAGGAGGCCGGCGGCGAGUUUGACGGCCCACGCAGUCCCGACAUGAAUAUGGAGGGCGGCACAACACCGUGGCAAGACGGUGGCUACACGACACCGUACGGAGGAGGCAACAACACGGCCUACGGCGGCGGCGGCGGCAAUACGGCCUAUGGUGGCGGAGGCGGAUACGGAACGACACCCUACGGCCAGUCCGCUUGGCAAUAA